AUGGCAGAUUCCGAAUCCAGGUUCCGCGUUGUGAUUGUGGGCGGUUCAAUCGCCGGGCUUACACUCGCUCACUGUCUGCUUCGAAACAACACAGACUUUGUUGUGCUAGAGUCCCAUGCGGAUAUUGCACCCCAGGUUGGGGCAUCUAUUGGUAUUCUUCCAAACGGUGCCCGCAUCCUGGACCAACUAGGCCUUUACGACGACGUUCUCAGUCAAGCUGAGCCUCUCACUAGAACUUUCACACACGGUUAUCCGGUUGCGUUUCUUGAUCGCCAAAUUCUGCUCAGCAUUCUGUACGAGGGCCUCGGAGACAACAGACAUCGUGUUAUGGUGAACAAGAAGGUGACUGAGAUAGAGCAUACCCCUGAGAAGGUUAUGGUCCAUUGUGCGGAUCAAUCCGUCUAUGAGGGUGAUCUUGUUGUUGGAGCCGAUGGGGUACGGAGCACAGUGAGACGACAGAUGUGGCAGUAUAUGGAGUCUCGAGGGAUGGAGCAUGAAGCCCUAAAGGAGAAGAACUUGAUGACAUCCGAGUACAACUGUGUAUUCGGUAUAUCUUCAGCCACCCCUGGACUGAGACCGGGACACGGACAUAGAACCUUCGCGGAGGGCUAUUCCAUACUCACGAUUAUCGGCAAAGAAGGGCGCGUUUACUGGUUUUUCUUCACUAGAAUGGACCAAACUUACCCCGCAUCUCAAAUUCCAAGAUUCAGUCAAGAUGAGAUCGAUAGCCAUCUCGCCCCUUAUCUACAGAAGCCGAUCACCCCCGACGUAUCGCUUUCUGAGAUCAAUAAAAGAGCAAUCGUCAGGACUUUUGUAUCCCUUGAAGAGGCUGUCUAUAGUCAUUGGUGUGUCGACCGAUAUGUUUGCAUUGGUGACUCAGCCCAUAAGAUGACACCAAACCUGGGCCAGGGAGGCAACAAUCUCCAGGAUAUCCACCAGUGCCUGCAAAUAUGGCAGAACAUCCGCCAGAAACGGCUUGACCAUAUUUCGCAGUCAGCUUAUGACUUAACCAGAAUAGAGGCUCUAGCUGGUCUCAAGAAAAAGAUCAUUGGGCUUUAUCUUCUUCCAUAUCUUAGUCAAUACUUGGUCGAUCAAACGUCUGCUACAAUUGUUGGAGCAGCAAAUAUCGACGGUCUACCUCUGCCACCAAAGUCACUAGCAUGCACCAUGCCGUACCUGGAUGAUAAAAACAGUGUCUCCAAACAGGAUAAUGAGGUAUGCAAGCGUGCUAUUUCAACCGUCCCGUUUGCUUGCUGUUAUGCUGCUGCACAAAAGACGAUGGGGACGUUGAUAAAUCAAACUGUGCCCUUCAUGGUGUCUUUGUUUGCAGAGGGCGUAUGGUCUGCAGCUAAUGGGGAGGUCCUCAACCUAAGCAGACCACUCUAUCAUAUGCCAUUCCUGGACAAGCUCUUUCUGCCUGCGACUACGUGUUUCUUGCCUUCUAUCAGUGGAUCUGAUCCGCAAUCCCACACUCAAAUGCUAUCAUUCAUGGCCGACAUUGGCCCCAUUUACGGAAUAUGGCUGUUGGAAAGUUAUCGCAAGGCACAUUCCUGGUAUGAGCUCGUACUCCCGAUCGGCACGGGAAUAGCGUCCCAAUUGAAGGGCAUUGGAAAGUUUGCUCCAAUAUACUACACAUUGGAGCAUAUUCGCUUGCCCCUUUCAAGCCUUCUAUCGGGGGCAAAGCAUCAGAUAACGCAGGAGGCCUCGAGCUCUUUGCUGUUUGCCAUGCUGACGGGAUACUAUAUUCCCACAAUCGCAAACUUCAUGGCACCAACGGUUGAAUCGCGCCGCAACUACAAUGCCAUUUGGCAGAUGUUUCCUGUCGUCGUACCUCUGCUACAGGCUCCCUUGCAUCGUCUGGUCAAGAGAGCUUUCGGGAGUAAGAAGAAGCCACAACAGAAAGAAGAACGUAAGGAGAAUAUGCGUUACGUCCGGUACGCAUAUGGUUCGUUCGCCUUAAUCUCUGGACUUACGUUUCUUCACGCUCGAUGCACUGCACCGGCUCAUACUUCGUCCACUAGUGCCUUUCUUCCUGGGUUGAGAGGCCACCUGGCGCCCGUCACGUCAUUCGCUGAUGGCAUUGCGAGGCUCCUCCAGUAUGAUGAAGUGAUAUCCAUGGCUAGUGGGUUUAUGUGGCUAGCGUUGAAGUUCAAGGAAUUGAAAGAUGCGGGUGCCUCGUUCUCUUGGUUGAAGGCUGUUGGGGGACUGGUGGGGACUACAGUUACUCUUGGGCCUGGGGCCACAUUUGCGCUGGGCUGGGGCUGGAGAGAAGAGAUGAUGCAAAAGCUGGUUCGUGAUAAACAGUCAUCAAUGUGA